AUGGCAAUAAAUACUUUAUAUAUGUUUUAUUAUGUACACCAUAACGAUGAUUUCCGAAUAACAGCUAAAACCGAUCAAUCGACGUCGCUUCUCAUCGCCAUUCCUGAAGAACUACAACCUACCUACCCAGUUCGGUAUUGGAUAGAUGGGAAUAUCAUGACAACGGUGGAAGAAUUCCUCCAGCCGCUAAUAGGGCCCGUUGAACUUGGCCAUAUUGUCUGGGUAAAGGAUUCGAAUAAACUCCAGAAACCCCUCGACCCAGUAAACAGUCCUGACGUUGUCUCUGGAAAUGCCCAAGACACGUACAAUUCGGCCAAUAGUCGGUUUGCACCACUGGCCGAAGCGGUCGAGUUGUGGUCGGAUUUUGACGUUCGGCACAUUUCUUCGGAUCCGUCCAUUGCACCAUGUCUCUCAAGACCAUGCCAGGUGAAGUGGGAGCCCCAUAUUCCCGAGUAUGCACGCGUCAUCUAUAGUGAGCGACAGCUCGAGGCCCUCUAUCUACAGACGCUCGUCACUCGGGUCAACAUUGCCCUCGACAUGGCAAUUCCGCCGGAAGAAGAACGAAUUACCAUUCUCGUAGGACCCGGGGCCUUUGAGAGCGUCUCCGCCGAGGCCACUGCGCAAUGGCUCUUGCCGGACUGGAUAAUUGUUCAGGGCGACUUUAGUGCCGGUAUGGAGACCGAUUCGCUUCUGGCUCUUCAGGAUCUUGUGGUGGAGAACAGGAUACUUGCAGUGGGAGAUACCAAGCUGGUCCGACAAUGGGACGACAGAUACGCCAUUGCUCACACACGAGGGUGCUAUCAAGACUUCUUACGCCAGCUUCAAGAGUAUUGCGUCAACCUAGGCACACGCUUUGGCUUUAUUCUUUCCAACAUGGAGCUGGUGGUGAUGCAAGUGGUGGGUGCCCAAGAGGCAAGCCCUCGAAUGGUUGACCAGAGAGGACUGCGUUCCAGAACAAAUGGUGCUGUACAGGCACAGCGACUUGAAACUAGCCUGGAGGAGGAGGAUUCUCAAAUGUUCGACUCUUCUCAAAUGUCUGGCUCUUCUCAAAUGUCCGACUCUUCUCAAACGGCAGGAUACAACGGUGGCGGUGUAGAUGACCCCUAUGAGCUGCCCAGCUUGUCAACAUCGUCCGCUCAAGUUCCAUCUAAGCGACCCCAUCCCUCUACCAGCCCCGAAACAAGCCCGAUUCAUGCUACUGCUGCCGCCGCCGCCGCUUCUCCUCCUUGGAGAAGUAAUGGAGAUGAUGCGAGCCAAAACUUGUCUGGGAGUGACCCUCCUGUCUCGCACGAAGAAGGAACACAGGCUUCAUCGUCUCAAGACCACAGUAAAUAUACUUCAUCAGUUAGAGACGUUGAAGUGGAAGCUCUACAGAUACGAAGCUUCAACGUGAUGGCUUGGGGUGAAGAUGGCGAAGAUGGCGAAGAUGGCGAAGAUAACCCAUACAAGGUCCUAUUUACCUUUGUAAUGAUGAUCCGUGCUCUUAGACUUAGGAAGGAGUCUAUUAACAUUUAA